CCGUGCUACCGUCCGUGCCACCGCUCGUCAUCUGCAUCUCACGCACAGGAGUGAGAUGAAGACAGACAAACGUACUCAAGCCGAACUGCUACAUCUGUCCUAGCUAUGGGAGGAAGAGUCGAUAUCGGAAGACUUUGGAGACCGGCAGUGCGCAGGUGCAAAAUCGUCCUGACUCAAUGUCUAUUCGGGGCAAUUCUCGCCUAUUCAAGUUGCCAUGUCACGGAAGUCAGGCCAGAGACAAAACUCUAUCUUCAGGUUAUGCGCACGAAUUGGGCAUGGCAACCGACUCUCCCACACCCCUCUCCGGGCGGAUCCGUGUAUUUGAAAGUCAGAAUGGUAUCAAGAAUCCAAGGAUGGUCACUACUUCAUAUGGCCUUUGGUGAGAAUUUAACAGAUUGUUGAGCAUGUGUCAAGCUUUCGGGUGCUUCAGCUUUCAAGUUUCGCAGAGCCGU